AAAUGAGUGACGAAGAAGAAGUUGAAGAAGAGGAAGAAGAAGAAGAUUAAGAAGAAUAGGAAGAAAAAGAACCUGAAAAAAAAGACAAUGAUGAAUUUAAUGAGUUUAGAAAAUAUAAUACUCAUUCUGCAUAUGCUAAUAUGCAUAAAUACCCUUAAAAUCAUAAUGAUCAUAAUCCUUUAGCCUAUUAUUAUCAAAGAUAAUUACCAAUACCCUACUAACCUUCCUAAUAUUGGAUGGAAAGAGUUUAAUAUCAUUAAAAGGAGAUAGAUAGAGCCAAAUAAGUCUUAAUGAAUGUUUCAAAGCCUUAGCCUAAUAUGUAUAGUUAUGGAAAAUCUCUAAACUAUUAACCUAACAAUUCACCAAUUAGUCAAAGAGUUUAAAUAGAAUCUUAAAGACCUUAAAAUUAUAAUAAACAAUUUUCUUCAUAUUCACAACCAUAAUAUGAAUAUGACCAAAGAAAUUUCAAUCGUUCUAAUUCAUAUAAUGCUUAAUCAUAAUAACCGUAUCAUUUAAAUUAAUAACCUUUAUAUCCACCUCCACAAUAGAAUUACUAUCCACCCUAAUAAUAAAAUUAUCAUCCACCUCCAUAAUAAGUUUUUUAUCCCUCUCCACAAUAUGAUAUGUAAAAAUAAUAAUUUUCUGGUAAUCCCACAACCAACUCUUUUUAUUAACCACACUCUCCUUAUCCAAUUUAUAAUUAUCCUCCUCCAUAUCCUUAUUUUCCUCCUCCUUAUGAUUUCUAAUAAGACUUAAUGAAUGAGUACCCAAAAGAAAAUCUCAAAAUAAGCAAACAAGUACAAACAGAAAACAAAUAAGAUUUAUGCUAAUUACCUACUGGAGUUUCAUAAUUUCAACCAGAACAACCUUAACCAUUUUCACAAUAGAACAUUGCUCCAACUCAACCUUUGACUUAAACUGAAUUAGAAUUUUUAGAAUUUUAAAGAUACAAAGAAUUUAAUCAAAAGCAAUAAUAAUAAAUUGAUGAUCAAGAUUUUCAAGAUUUUUAGGAAUUCAGAAAACUUUAACAAUAACAAUUAUUCAGAAAAACUGUUGAUAGAGAAGAAGAAAAGCGUUCAUUAACUGAUCUUUACAAAAGAAAAAAUAGAUAAGGUAUUUAUUCAAUUAUUACAAUUAAAUAGUUUUUUCAGAGUAAGAAUAUAAAUCUUAAUUGGAUAAAAAGAGGGAUUUUCAGUAAUAUUAACAAUUAUACACUAAACCACUUUAAUAGGAAACAAACUUAGAGAUUGAUAGAGCAAUCAAUGCUUUGAUGAGAUCAUAGACAGGUACAAAUAAAGACUUUUUUAAAUGA